ACAACAACUUUUUCUCUUCCAAUAAAAUCCACAUUAUUCUCUCCCUAGCAGUCUAAUCCCACUCCAGAUCCAUAAACCUCUCUCUCUCUCUCUCUCUCUCUCUCUCAAAGAGAGAACAGAAUUCAGAGAAACACAAAGAUGGGUGUUUCAACAGUCACUGAAUUAAAGCAAAGCGUUUCAGGGAAGAGAACAUUCAGACAAAGCUCGAGCACUCGGCAGGUCAACGACUGGCCUCUCACUGAUGUAUCAAGUGAUCUCACUGUUGAAGUAGGAAGCACCCACUUUGCACUUCAUAAGUUCCCCCUAGUCUCAAGGAGUGGAAAGAUUCGAAAACUGAUAUCAGACUCAAGCAGAGACUCAAAACCUACCAGAAUCACAAUCCAGAAUAUGCCAGGAGGACCCGAAUCCUUCGAACUCGCCGCGAAGUUCUGCUACGGCCUCAACAUCGACCUCACCAUUGCCAACGUCGCAACGCUUCGCUGUGCAGCCCAUCACCUCCAAAUGACCGAAGAAAUUUCGGACAGAAACUUAGAGUCUCAGUCUGAAUCCUAUCUCAAAGAGACAGUCUUCACCAGCAUCACGAACUCCAUCUCGGUCCUCCAUCGUUGUCAAUCUCUGCUUCCAGUAGCCGAAGAUAUCGGUUUGCUUACUAGAAUUGUAUCUGCAAUUGUCAGCAAUGUGUGUAAAGAACAGUUGACUUCAGGUUUAUCGAAGCUGGGACAUAACAAGACGACGCUUGUUGUGAAACCUCAUGACUGGGAAAAGUCGAUAGGGAUUCUAGGCCUUGAGUUUUUCCAGCGUGUUGUUUCUUCCCUGAGAACAAAGGGUUGUAAGCAAGAAACAGUCUGUAGAAUACUGAUGAACUAUGCUGAGAGAAAUAUAGCAGAUAAUGUUGAGACAAAGAAGCAGAGGGCGAUAGUGGAGGCGAUAGUUGGGUUGCUCCCAACGCAAUCGAGAAGGAGCCGCAUGCCAAUGGGGUUUCUCUCGGGGCUCCUCAAGACGUCAGUGGCAGUGUCUGCAUCGGCGAUGUGUAGAGGAGAUUUAGAGAGGAGGAUCGCAAUGCAGUUGGAUAGAGCAAUCCUUGAAGACCUGUUGAUUCCUGCAGCGGUGCCUAAUGGUAGCGGUUCGAGUAGCCAUUUGUAUGAUAUAGACUCCGCGUCGAGGAUAUUUUCAACUUUCUUGAAUCUGAAUGAGGAUGAUGAGGAUGACGAUGAGGAGAGAGAUGGUUGUUAUGAGUUCGGGAGCCCAAGAUCACCGAAACAGAGCACGAUGCUGAAAGUUUCGAAACUUUUGGAUAGUUAUCUGGUGGAGAUUGCUCUGGACUCGAACUUGACUGCGUCUAAGUUUAUCGCAAUUGUUGAGCUUCUGCCUGAUCAUGCCCGUGCGGUGAAUGAUGGACUCUACAGAGCUGUCGAUAUCUUUUUGAAAGUUCAUCCGAACAUAAAAGAAUCAGAGAGAUAUCGGCUGUGCAAGACCAUCGACUGCCAGAAACUAUCUCAAGAAGCAUGCAGCCACGCUGCUCAGAACGAACGAUUGCCUGUUCAAAUGGCAGUACAAGUUCUGUACUUCGAGCAGAUCAGGCUUCGAAAUGCAAUGAACGGGAACCAAGAUCAGAUCUUCUUCGGAUCAAUCCACGGCCAGUAUCCUCAAAGAUCAGGGAGCGGGGUAGGAAGCGGAGCAAUCUCACCGCGGGAUAACUACGCUUCAGUCAGAAGAGAGAACAGAGAGUUGAAGCUUGAGGUUGCAAGAAUGAGGAUGAGGCUCACAGAUUUGGAGAAGGAUCAUGUGUCAAUCAGGCAAGAGCUUGUAAAAGCAAAUCCUGCAAAUAAACUGCUGAAGUCGUUCACCAAGAAGCUCAGCAAGUUGAACUCAUUGUUCCGGAUGAGAGAUGUGAAGCCAAUGAAUCCGAAGGCUGUUUCAGAUGCUCGAUUUCUGUUUCAGAGGAGGCGGCGACACUCCAUUUCUUGAGAAAUUUAGAUUUUGUGCAAGUCUCGGUGUGUAAAAAUUUGUGUUUGUGUUGAUUUCAUCAAUGUUUUGUGAUGAGAUUGGCUCACAUGUUUAUCUGUCUUGUGUUGUUUGGAAUCUGAUUCAUGAGAAAGUAUUUGUAUAUAAACCAAAAGUGCUUGUGCGAUUAUGGGUCACAGGUUUUGCAUUGUCGCAAC